UGGGCCAAAGACGUUUGGGCCUUCCCUUGAGUUGGGGCCUCUAAUUCAUUGUUACCCGAGGUUUGACUUUGUCUUUUCUAAUUUUGCUGAAAGGUCUUUUUACUUUGUGAAUUUACCUUUGCGAGGGGUGUGGUGAUAACGACGGUGCGCCUGUCAUGAGUGGAAUUCUGAGAAGAUUUGGGCUCUUCAGAGCUGCGGCAGUUGCAGGUUUUGGUUCUGCUGUCCUGUGCUGCAGUGACUAUGAUCGUUUUAGAAUUUCCGUUGCAGUUCGAGUUCCUAGGCCACUACCGGAUUUCCUUUGGUUGACAUGUCCAACGCUGUUUGAUUCUCAAUGUUUACUUUUUUCCCAUAAAUCUGGAAUUGAUGCUCUUUAUUCUUAUAGAGACAGUCCCGUUCCUUCGUCUGAUGUAUCUGGGUCUGUUGAUGAUAAGUCCAAGCCAAAUGAUUAUAUUGGUCGAGAUACUAUUUCAAAUGCAGCUGCAAAAGUUGCGCCUGCUGUUGUUAAUAUUUCAAUUCAUCAAGAUUUCUUUGGUAUUGCGAGCGGAAAGAGUAUAGGAUCGGGAACGAUCAUCAACAAGGAUGGAACAAUAUUGACAUGUGCUCAUCUUGUGGUUGAUUUUAUGGGCACAAGAGGUUCCACCAAAGGGAAGAUUGAAGUCACAUUGCAAGAUGGAAGAAAAUUUGAGGGGAAAGUGGUGAAUGUUGACCUGCAUUCAGAUAUUGCUAUUGUGAAGAUUAAUUCUGAAACUCCACUGCCGGAAGCUAAACUUGGUUCGUCAAGUAGGCUACGUCCUGGAGAUUGGGUGAUAGCCGUGGGCUGUCCACUUUCUCUCCAGAAUACUGUCACCCACGGAAUUGUAAGUUGUGUUGACCGCAAAAGUAGUGAUUUGGGAUUUAGUGGCAUGCCGAGAGAGUAUUUACAGACCGACUGUGCGAUUAAUGUUGGAAGUUCUGGAGGCCCUCUUGUCAACAUGGAUGGAGAAAUUAUUGGGGUGAACAUGAUGAAAUUGGCGGCUGCUGAUGGGCUUGGUUUUUCUGUACCAAUUGAUUCGGUGUCUAAAAUUAUAGAGCAUUUCAAGAGAAGUGGGAGAGUAAUACGGCCUUGGCUUGGGCUAAAGAUGCUUGAUCUCAAUGAGAUGAUUAUUGCGCAGCUUAAAAAGCAAGAUGCUUCAUUCCCUAAUGUCACUAAGGGCAUUCUUGUACCAAUGGUAACUCCUAGAUCCCCUGGAGAGCGUGCUGGGUUCUGUCCUGGUGAUGUUGUCAUCGAGUUUGAUGGGAAGCCUGUAGAAAGAGUAAAAGAGGUGAUUGAAAUAUUAGGGGACAAAGUUGGGGUACCCAUAAAGGUUGUAGUAAAGAGAAAGGGUGAUCAAUUGGUGACUUUAAGUGUGAUUCCUGAAGAAGCCAAUCUCGAUAUUUAGAAGAAUGUAACUACUUGGUGUUUCCAUCCUUUUGAUGUGAUAAUUCCGCACCCAACUGUACCCGUUAAUUUUUUUUUUUUUGUGAUGUUGAAUUUGAGGCCAUUUUUGUGGAUUGUUUCAUUACAGUUCCUUGUUUCCAUUCUUUUUUGGUAGUACUUUAUUUUAUGUUUAAUUGAGUUGUAGUUUACUUAAA